AUGUCAUUCAUUCUGCUGUGUCUGCUGCCUCUGCCUCUGCCACUCACACUGCCACUUCCAUCACCUCCAGGGCCUCUGGCUCUGUUGUGUGGUGGCAGAAGUUCAACUUUAAGACACUGUCAAAGAUGCUAUGAGGAGAAGGAAGAGGAUGACAACAAUGAAGAAGAAGAAGAAGAAGAGAAGAAAGAUGAGUCAAUGAAGGUGGAGAGCAUUAAUUUGCCUAACUAG